CUUCUCGCCCAAAGCCCUAUUGAAGUUCAGCUCGGGAGAGUCCACUGGUCUUCAUGUGGAAUUCCCUUUGGUGGCCAAUGUAACUUCCCUUCCACCGACGCCAAGGAGGAGGAGGACGGCCAUGGCGGAGUCCAACGAACCACAGGCCAAAGCAACCGCCUCUGUGUCCUCUUCUGGAAACCCAACGUCCUCUCUUUCGCGUGUUUCCAAGUGCCCCGAAACCCUAGAGGAGGGAAAGCGCUCCUUUUCCGACGACGCGGGAUUUGCUCGAGUUCAACCGAUGAUAGAGGAUUGGCAUCAACCAUGGUUGAAUGGAGUGGAGUUGCUUGAGGAUUCUAAUCAUAAUAAGCAUUUUCUUCCCACUGGAUAUGAAGGGAUUGAUGUGCUUCUUGGAGGAGGUUUGUGUGAAGGCCAGUUGACGGAAAUGGUUGGGCCAUCAUCUUCUGGUAAAACACAAGUUUGUCUAUAUUCUGCUGCACUUGUUGCAGACAAGCAUUUUGGUGUUGUUAUGUUCGUGGACACUUGUAAUUCCUUUUCUCCGAAGCGUAUUGCAUGCAUAGUUGAUCAACUUUCUAGCUCUUUUUCUGGAGAGGCCAAAGAAAGAAGGCUUAAAAGGGUCAUGAGCAACAUAUUUUGUCACUCAGUUUUUGACAUCUUUGCACUUUUGGAUGUACUGCACCAACUAGAAUUCAAAUUAAAGCAACAGGUAAAGAGUGGAGAUACUAAGAUAUGCUUGCUUAUUAUCGAUUCAAUCUCCUCUCUCCUAACCCCUGUGCUUGGAGGCAAAGGUUCAGAAGGACGACUUUUGAUGGUGUCUGCUGGAAUUAUUUUGAAGAAACUAGCAAAUGAGUACAAUAUCUCUGUUUUGGUGACUAAUCAUAUGGUCGGUGGAGAGGGAGGAAUCUUGAAGCCUGCAUUGGGUGAAAGUUGGAAGAGCAUUCCACAUGUACGGCUACAACUUACUCGCGAUCAAGGGAGCAACAUCUGUAAUGUUUCAAUAUUAAAGCACACGUUCAUGGCUACUGGUCGUACUGCAAAAUUUGUGAUCCAUAGCCGAAGCUGCUCUGUUCAGGAUGGGAGAGGUAGAUGAAGAGGCUGUGACUGUGGGCAGCACAGGGCUUCUUCCUGAUUUAGACCAGAUGGAAAUAUCUUGUACUAGGUGCUCGGCUGUUUCGGUGCCUUUUGUUCGGAAGCGCAGCCUUUCUUCUGUUGUUUUUGGACUUGUUAUGGGUGAGGGCCCGGAGUACCUGGGCCCUCUUAGGAGGAACAGCUGGCAAACUGAUAAGAAUUCAUUAAAAAAGGACGAUAGAAUCCGGUCCGUCAGUGUCCUCUCACAUGGUCCUUAUGUACUGCUAUUCUAUCAAAUCCUAGUGGACACCACCAAAUCAGGUAGAUAAAAUUUGCAUGGCAUUUGCAGCCGUGCGUAUCUAGGGAAACGUUUUAAAGCCAGUAUAUUUACUCCAAUGGUCAUAUUUGUAUUCCUUUUUCCGAUGGAAAAAUUGGGUGGUAUUCCCAGCUAAAAAAACAUGAAACAGCGACCGGGCAAUGAAAUCUGCGCGAAUUUAUUUU